AUGCAGAAUCCUCGCGCAGUUCACGACCAGAUGAUGAACGGACGGGUGGAGACAGGGACGGAAGUAGAGAACACCGUGACAGGACGGAGUGGACGGAGGCAACUCAGGAAAGGUUUUAAAUCGCUCGAGGCGAAGCAAAGCCGGGGACGGGCUGGCCUGGGAUACAGGCGCGGAAUCGGAGCAACGAGUUCUGGCCGAAGCGAAGCUGAUACCAGGGAGUUUUUUGUUCGAGGUCUUGAAACCGUAUACGAGCAGGCGGCGCUAGAGAACAGAGCUGAUGGCACGCGAAAGCGAAACGGAGGCGUGGAAGAGAGGCGCUGCGAGGCGGGGCCGAAGCACAGUCAGGAUCGCAAUUCAAGUGGCAGGUGGCGACGACGUCGGUCAGCCUCGACUUCCACUUCUGAGCGGUCUAGAAGCGACGAUGGCAGGAGGGAACGACGAAGAGAAACUAAAAAGGACAGGAGGGAUUCCAAACAGAGGGAAGCGCAGGGGAGAAGACGCGGCCGUAGCCGAGGCAGCAGCGUAGAGAACCGAGGACGCUCAAGUCGAGGUAGAAGCCCUGACAGACAGAGGAUGUCAAGAGUCAGGAGAGAUAGUACCAGCCCAGGGAGAAGCGGUAGAAUUCGUAGAUGCAGUCCAAGUAGUAGCAGGAGGAGCAGAGCGCACGAAGGUAGGCAUCGAGAUUCAAAGAGAGGAUCAAGAGAGAAAUCCCCCAUUUACCAUUCCUCUGCUUCAGACAGAGGCAGAAGAGAAGCCGAUUCUCGAUCCCCAGAGUCCCGACGGGCUCAGGACCGCUCGGUGUUCCCAGCGAGCAGCCACCACAGCCCCUGUAGCUUCAAACCUCUGGACACAGAGCGAGGAUCGUUCUCUCCCAACAACUACGGCAAGUCGACACGGUGUUCGGGCAUGCCUUUGUGUCCCGUAUCCAGCAAAUCAGUUUCACAGAGCACUGCAAAGCCUCACAACCUCGAGGAGUCUGGUAGGGUUUCGCGCGUACGAACAGACUCCAGGAGUGGACGAGAUUUUGAGAGGCAUGGCGAUUCGGCCUUGAUUUCCGGGGGUGACGGGGGACCUCACUCCCAAACUCAGUCUGGAGAUCCGGCAACCAAGGCGCUUCGCGAACGCGUUCGCGACAGACUCAAGGCAGCGGAGCGCACAUGGAGGUCCAGAAACCUGGGAACGGACAAAUGUCCAAAGACAGCUCGAGAGGGAUGGCUCGCGACAGUGAAGGCGAUGAUAGAUGAAGAAAGUAACGAGGUGGCAGCUGAGAACAAGUGGGACUCAGUGGUGUCAAGACAGGAAGAAGGACAAGAACGAAUCAAAAUCCAGACUCUCAUAGAUCAGGAAGAUGAGACACUUUUUACCGCUUAUUUAGAACAGAGAAGGCAAGGCACUCAACAACGACCAGAGCUCGUGCAAUCAUCCACUGAGCUGACAACGGCAAGCAGGCAGGGAAGAGCGUCGGGAGCAAGUUCUUUGGGCGUCACCGGAGAAGCAUCACAUCUAGAAGCAAUCUUCGGUGCAGGAAUUCUUCAGUCCACUCCGCCAGAGCGGGAGUCGAACCCGGUGGCAACAUACGAAUCUCCUAAUUGUCAACUUACCGCUAGGUUGCCAGGUGUAAACGGGCUCACGCUUCUAGCUGACACCGUGUUAAUGCAGACGGGGACCGCCGGAGCAGCGUGGAAGCGUCGCCGCCAACUGACGCAACGCGGUGAUACCUCGUAG